CGCGGCGCCCUGGCCCGGCCAAAAAAAGCGCUUCGGCGGCCAGGCCCUCUCUCCCCCUCAUCGCCCGCGACCCUUGCUCUGCCUCGUCCCGCCUGCCCUCGCCCCAUCCCCAGAAGCAGCCAGCCACCAUGUCUGAUCGAAAGGCCGUCAUCAAGAACGCCGACAUGAGCGAGGAGAUGCAGCAGGACGCUGUCGACUGCGCCACCCAAGCCAUGGAGAAGUACAACAUCGAAAAGGACAUUGCCGCAUUCAUCAAGCGCGAGUUUGACAAAAAGUACAACCCCACCUGGCACUGCAUUGUCGGAAGAAACUUUGGCUCCUACGUCACGCACGAAACCAAGCAUUUUAUCUACUUCUAUCUUGGUCAAAUUGCAAUUCUCCUGUUCAAGUCGGGAUGAGCUGGCUAUGCGGAACGUGCGCCCAUAUCAAUAUGAAACUCGCUUCAAAUCAUAGAUAUCUGCCUGGUUCGGAAGAAGCUUUGGUGUCGCGGUAUUGCGUUGCUGGGCGGGCCGGCGCACCGCCCUGCGCGCUUCAUCAACAGCCCCAUCGUCUCCUCGGCUCUGUGGCCUGCUUCCGCGCCUGGGUGUCUUCCACAUCGGUGUGCUCAAUAAACGGCUAUUCAUCUUGAUGCGGGUGGGCUGCGUUCCAUGAUUCCCAUGAAGUCGCGGCUCCUGUCGAGGUCGGGCUCGGCCCAGAUCCAGUCGCCGGCGCUCGCGGCUGGAUGCCUCACCAACGGCGAUCUUGUGUGC